CUUUUUGUGGACAUCUGUUUUGCCUGAUGUAGGGGAGGGCCACUCAUAGCAGUGACUUUUUUGAUUUCACACUCCUUGUCCCUGCUCCCCUUUCCACAAUAGCUGCAAUGUAAUGUUUCACUAGAGCUAGGCUUUGCAAAUUUGGCUCAAUGAGACAUGGAGCAAACAGCUUUUCAGAGAGCUUCAGCUCAGCUGUCAGAAGGGGCAGUUUGGUCUUUGUGCAAGCAGUACUUGCAUUCCAAACUGCAUUAGGGAAAAGCUGCUGGGUUUUUAUGCCUUUUUAUUAUCAGUUCCAGAUUAGGAAUCUGAUACUAAUUUUUUCUUAAAGCCAGUGUUCAGAGUACAGCUUAUAUUCUAAAACAAAACCAGGAUUGUGAUGUUUUUCUCUCACUAGCUUGCUCUUUUUUGGUUUGCUUUUUUUUUCCCUCUCCCUGGCUUUACUCCAAGGACCUUUUCUGCUUUUUGCUACACUCUCGAGAUGAAGCACCGGAUGGUUACAGCAGUGCUGGUGGCACUGGUACAGGUUUCACAGAGUUUCCCUGCCUUGUACCACCGAGGCUGGUGGAGGCUGCUGAGGGAAGGAGACAGUUGUGGAAAAUGUGAUUUGGCACUCUGCUCUGAGCCCAAGGACUGUCCAGCCGGGGCUGUGCCGGAUCGCUGCGGCUGCUGCCUGGAAUGUGGGAACGUGGAAGGUCAGAUGUGCGACUUGGACCACGGCAAUCAUUUCUAUGGGCAGUGUGGGGAUCACCUCGAGUGCAGGCUGGAUGCUGAUGAAGCAAGGUUUGGGGAAGUCCCUGAACCCCAGUGCGUUUGCAAAUCUCAAGAAAGCAUCUGUGGAUCUGAUGGGAAAACCUAUGAAAACAUCUGUCAGUUCAACAAGGCUUAUGCUGCGAAAAGAAACAUCAGCAUGAAACAUAAAGGGCCAUGUGAAUCAGCUCCUGUUAUUUCUAUGCCGCCUCAGGAUGCCCAGAAUUACACUGGCAAUGAUGUAAUUUUUGGCUGUGAGGUGUCAGCAUAUCCUAUGCCACAGCUUGAAUGGAAAAAAAAGGGGAAUAAAAUGUUUCUGCCAGGAGAUGAUACCCACGUCUCUGUUCAGGCAAGAGGUGGGCCUCAGAAGUAUGGUGUGACAGGCUGGCUGCAGAUUCAAGGCCUCAAAAAAUCAGAUGAAGGCAUUUAUAUCUGCCACACCAAAAAUAAGCAUGGUGCAACAUAUGCCUCUGCAAGAUUGAAAGUCAUUGAUGGCCCAUCUCCUGCAUUUGCAUUCACUGCUGGCAGUAGAAGUGCAAGCUACAGCAUUGAGUACGAGGAGUAUUAUGACACCUCUGAUGAGGAAGAUGAUGAAGAAUAUGAAUCUGGGAACUACGAUAAUGAAAACAAUUCUGAAUAAUAAUUUUUAUACAUCUCUUGUCCAAAUCCUUUCACACUCUUAUAUUUACCAGUAGUGUCCGUUCUGUAAAUGGCUCCUCUGAUAACACACAUACUUACUUGUGUAUCCACCUUCCUGAAAUGCAGCUCUGGAUGAAGUGUAUCGUGCUACUCACCAGAAGUAAGAACAGUUGUAACACCAUAUAUUUAGACUAUUAAAUAAAAUGCUUCAGCAUGCACCUUCCUACGAAAUAUGCCAAAGGGAUGAAAUUUUAUAUUAAUUUUUAAAUUAUCUUUUAAUUUCUUUCAGACAUUCUAAUUUGUUCAGCAAAAAUGCCAAUAGUUUAACAAAAUUUUUAUUUUCUAUCAAUUUUCUUUUUUUCUGUAAAGUACUAAGAAAUAUCAAGGGAUUGUUCACAUGGCAACAAGCCUAAGUAAGGAGGUUGCAAAACAGUCUUUAAUUUCCUUAGUUCAUGUUUUCUCAUAAGUUUGAGCAGGAUUUUCCUUCUCAUAUGAAAUUUUCUGUGUCUCAUCAAAGGUGAAUUAUGUGUCUUUUGGGGGAUGUUUUUGUUUACUGUUAAUAGAUACGUGAAGCAAUCAUGGUCUAAAGGCAGUAGGUGCUGACUUACAGUCAAUACUCAAACCCAGCCAGAAAAGAUUCCUUGUGCAUUCAAACUUCUGAGCACACUUUUGGACUCCUUUUUGUGGCAGCUCCUGCAUUGCUGCCCUCAGCAAUGUCUCCCUCCCAGCACCCUUGGGGCAGUUCAGGGUUUGGGAUCACGAUCUUCCCCCAAACAGGAUGCUGGUCGGUGGGAA